AUGUCCGCGGAGCUCCUUCGCCAACUUCAAGUCUUCAAGGCGAAGCAUAACAUAGCUCAGCAACCCAAGCAUGGGAAGGUGUCCUUCCUCUACGACUGGCGCGAUGCGAGGACGGUCGAGCCACAAGCCAUUGCCGAGGCUGCGUUGUCGUGCUUCCAAGACCUAGUAGCCCAGGACCCCACCUUAGAGCAGUUCGCCGCUCUAUUUGAGGUGGAGAAGGAGGGCUACAAAGGCAGAGACUUCCUCACUACUGAGGAGAAUGAUGACCUCAACAAUACGAUAGAAAGGCUGCUUAUGCACUUGUCCAAGCAUCUCCUCACCGAGCAGGGCCAGACUUGUCUCGAGCUGCUUGUCAGUCGCUAUGAGGUCCAAACGUACAAUAUGGAGGCUCUACUGCUGGCCGGGAUCCCAUUCCAUGAUAGUCCUGUGUUUGCUCGCCUCACUAAGAUCGUCAAGUGGGGUGACGACUCGCAGUGGAUCUUCCUUGAUAAAGUCCGCAAAACCGGAGAGCCUCUCAAGAGGCAGCACUUAGUUCAUAUGGCGAGGACAUCCUCGUCACUGUGGCGCACUCUAUGUGACUACACUCGUAAAACGUUGAAACGUGGGAUCGUCAACCGUCCAUUGCUGACUACCAUUAACAUGGUGUUCUUGGAGGCCCUUUCGGAAUCACAUAAGUUCACAUUCGACCUAGCGCCGGCUCUCUUCCCCUUGAUCACAGCUGCUCUCAAGAAGGGCUCUACUGACCGUCAAGCCUUCUCAUUUGCAGUGACCAUGCUGAUACCACUCAUCGUUAGCUCCAGCUUCACAGAUGCUGAUCUGUGCAGUGUACUUGCUAGGGCCGUGAAGCAUGCCCUUCUCCCAGCGUUUGCGGAAGUUGUUGACAUUCUAGCCCUUGGCUUGAGGUUCUCCCAAAGAGAGGGUAAUUUCUGGAUCAAGGUUGCUAGGGAGCUCAACGCUCGUUUCGACACUCACUCAGAUCAGGUGUUGGAGGCCAUUGGCAAGUCCAGGGGCUGGACCCUCGUGUUGAGUGGAUUGAUACUUCCUUAUGGUGCAUCCUCAAUCUUGUCAGCUGUGGUGUCCUCUGGUUGGCUCCUGCGUGCUUCUACCGUGGCUGCUCUGAGUGUAUGCGACUCGGCUGUGGCCAUCAUUGCUAACGGCCCUAAGGAAUCCCACGUCGAGGAGAUACUACCCCAGCUGUAUGACACUUUCCCUGUUGCUGUGAGUCGCUGUGCUCUGAAGCAUAAGUGUGUGAAAGAAGUGGAGUCACUCUUGCCGGGCGGGCAUGUCUUGGAUGCUCAACUGCUUCGUCAUUUGUCCACGACAUCAGCAUCUGCUCGGGAGGAGGCGAUCUCCCAAUUGGUCGAUCGUGACAAUACGACGGGAGGGGAGGCGAAGGCCGUGGCUGGGCUGCUGGUGGAGCGCCUCGGGGUUGAGCCUUCACAUGUUAUCAGGAUGAAGAUCCUCAAUUCUGGUUGGGUUUGGAAGGCCGUCUCGGCUGAGGCCAAGAAUGUGGCUCUUGUGGGGAUGUUGAAGAUGCUGAUGCCCCCGAGGGAGCGCAUCACGCCCAAGCAGUACUGGGAAGAGGUCGGUAGUUACCUCACCGCGACUCAGGUUGUCGCCGUUGACGAGCGUAUCGUGGAGGAAGUCGAGGCAGUACUGUCUCUACUGAGUGGCGAGGCCAUCCCUUCUGUGACCGCUGUUAGGGUCAUGAAGGGCGACGAUCUGCCUGGUCAUGGCAUGCCGUCUGCUACUGAGACCUAUCCUGGAGGGCCAGCGGGUGCUGCUGCGUUGAUCCAGGCGUCUGUGAUGGGGGGUAAUGGAGCCCCAGAUGCACACGAAGUUGUGGAGAUCAUUGAGAGCCUUGGCCUCGAUAGGUCUGUUGAUGCUCGUGUCUAUGCUAAGUUGAUAUCUCUGACAACAGCAGAGGAGGACAUUGGGAAGCUCAUAGGGCUCAUGAUUAACAACCCGUCGUGCAAGGAGAUGGUCAAGAAUGCUGUGACGGUCGCUACCAAGCGGCCAGUGUUGUUGGCCUUGGCAGUGGGGCAGCAUAGCUUCAAGGCCCUUCGAAUGUACACUGAGCUGGCGGGAGCUAAGGCUAAUGACAACGCGCUCUUCCUCGCGUGUCUUCUUAUACUGGGUUCUGAUGCCUCUAGCAAGCACAUGAGGUCUUCUGCGGUGUCGGUGAUAGUGUCGAGGACGAAGGUCCCGGUGGCUGCGGCUAAGGACUCUUGGCUGUUGGUGAAUAGAGGCAUGGAGAAGACCAUAGAAGGGAAGGCUUACACUGCAUUGAGGAAGGCAUUGAAUGAGCGAGAGGCUGAUGCUGUUGGCUCUACGGCAGUCGUGAGGGAGAUCAUUGCUGCCAAUGGGGGACUUAUAAGGUGGAUUGUUGAGGUCUCUGGAGCAGUUGGUGAAGACCUGCAGAAGGAAUGUAUGGGUCUCCUGCGUAUGGUCGAUUCGCGGUCUCUCCUUGUCAACGGUGCAGUCCCUACUGCUACUGGUGCUGCUGUGGUUGCCUUGGGUGAAGCUUUGGAGAAGUGUGAAGACGAUAAGGUCGUUGGGAAGUUCGCUGACAUCGUUGUGGGCGGUACUGGAGCGGAUAUCUCGGACGACUUGCUUGGUGUGAUGCCUAAUGCCGGUUCUCGACUUAAGCCCAAGCAGUUGGAGAAGCUGGUGUCGCGGGCGUGCGCUACACUCCCUGGCCCAGGAGCCGUUCGCUUCUUGGCCCGUGCUGAUGGGAUAUCAAUGAGGGUUUUGGCAACGACGCUGCUACCGUUGAUAUCGGGUGAGGAGGCGGUGAAUGCGGUCCUCGCUGGUGAGGCCCUGUUCCAGCAGACCACAGACCUCAAGCUUGCUGACAGAGAGGUCGCUCGGAAGGCUGUAGUCAAACCGUUAUGCAAAGUGUUGUCCGGCCAAGAACCACGUGAAGCGGCCCUAGACCUUGUCUGCUUAUCGAUCCUCGGCAACGUGUGCCAGAAGGCCGAUUUGGCGCUUGUGAAGCCGGUGGUCUUGCGAGCUGCAGCUGAUAAACAGCAGCUCUCGGCUGCCCUGCGUCUCUGUGGAGCAAUCAAUAGCAUAGAUUUACUGAGGGAAGCCCUUGGCCAGAUCAAGACCCCUCUGGAGACUCCUCAAACAGAACAGUUGAAGACAAUCGUUAAGUCGAUGGUUUCUGAGGAAGGUAGCUCGGCUGCUGAGGUGCUGGACGCCUUGGUCUCGGCGCCACAGGAGUCGGCCCGCCUGCCUUACACGGUCAUCUGUGAGAUUGCUAGGAGCCUCGACGCUAAUGGUGCGGCUUUGGUGCUGCUGUUGGCGGCUGACGCCCCACGUGAUGAUGUUCAGACUUGGAUCAGUGGUGAAGUUCUUCCAUUGAAUAUAGCAGCUAUGGUUCACGCUCUUGAGACGGCACGGGCCCUAUUCAAGGGCGAGGUCACCUUUGUUAGCACUGCUGCUGUCCAAUACCGUACAGUAUCUAUUAGAGUGGUCUCGGGCGUAGUGUUGACGUUGACCAACUUGGGAGUGCCAGAGGGAACGCCAGAACAAUACGCGUCCCUGCUGUUGGCCUUGCACAACGUUACAGGGGACGCUAAGAGCAAGAAGGCUGCUAAGAGCCGCUCUGUAGCUACGCAAGCUGCUGGUGCUCUUCUCAAGGCGUUAGAGGCUGAUCGCAUCAUAGCGACAUUGAUAGCACUGUUGAAGAACCCUUCGAAGCAGUCAGCGUUGUUCACACAGAUAGCUGAUGCUAUUGAGGAGGGUGCUACUGGGUCCUGGCAGCAACAGUAUCUGUCCAUCCCUGCAUCGGUCCAGGAGGAGUGUAUUGACGCUGUUAUCGAGAGGGCCAGCCGGGAGGAUGAAGCUGUGAUGAGCAACUCUCUGUGGUCGGUCUUGAGGGGUCUGUGUAGUGCUCUGAGUCUUGCGACGUUGAAGGAUCGAGUGACGAAGUUGGUUGGCAGCAGUGAACCCUUGGCUUCUGGAGUGAUGCCUCUCGGAAAUGCUCAGCUAUGCAAAGCAACGACGAUUCUUGUCAAGCGAAUGGGUGCAUCGUCCCUCUCGUAUUUGAGUCUACUUCUGCCGUCCUUGAUUGCCGUUUUGUCUGCUGGAGAGAAGGACUCUACUGUGCUGCAGCCGACCGCCCAGUGCCUCUUUGAGAUCACUGGAGCCUGUGGACAGUACUUCGGCCCCGAGACUAAGGCGGUUUUCAGACUAUGUGUAUCGCCGGAGUGGGAGUUGGCGCGAAUUGGUGGGGCCCUCAGUGAAGCCAGCAAGGACCUCUCUCACCUGCUACAGAUGACAGCGCAGCGUUUGGCGAGGUCCCAACCCGUCGCGAGUAUGAUGGAGUCGGUGAAGUCGAUUAUUCUUGAGGCGUGUGGACCCAAGCAUUCAGUCCCGAGUGAUAAGGACAUAUUUCGCUUACAGAAGCUUAUGUCGUUGCUGGGUUAUCUGUUCUCUCGUACUGCGACCGACGUCCGAGUGAUGGGGUCCAUUGCUGACCCUCUAGCUCGGCUCCUCAGCCGCGUCGUCGCUGUUGUUCAAUCUACGCAUGUCGUGGUGCCCCCAGCCCGACGCGAAGUUCGAUGGUGUGAUGCAGAGUUUGGCUGGGGCUCGGAAGCGUUGGCCGGUCUCACUGUGCAGGCUCUAAGCGAGGCGUGUCUUCAUAUGCGUUUGGCUGAUGUGGGAAUCGUCAUCAAGGUGUUAGGAAAGGCAAUGAAGCGCGGCGGGUGGUUGGUGGAGGGAGGACAGAAGGCUCCUCAAACGGCCAUCUGGCUGUCGCUGGCGACCGAACUCUGCAACAGGGGAGGCCAGGAGAUCGGUGUCGCGGUACUUCAGUUGAUGUCUGGAGAUAUUCUCGAGAUCUUCAAGCAGUGUAACGAGCAGGCAAGUGGUUCAAAGAAUAGUAGUAAGAAGAGGAAGUCUGGCGAGGAGGCUGCCCAAGAGGGUCGACCCUGGUGGUUCGAUCUUAUGCAGGAAGCUCUAAAGUUGGUAGCAGCGGUGUCGAAUGUGACAUCGGAGGUGUCUUCGGACGGUGAGACCUUCGAGUCUAUCAUAGAUGCCGUGGCUAACUGCUCUUCGUCGGCUAAGUACUGGCCGAGCGCUUAUACAGCAGAGGCCCAGAGUGCAUUCAGCCUGGCCAUCAUUGCUAUUGGGAAGCGCUGUGCCAGUGACAAUCAGGUCAAGUAUUUGCUCGCGGAUCUUCUGCGGCCUUGUCGUAUGGAGCCUUCAGCUCAAGUGAAAUUGGCGCUGCUCCGUGGUGUGACGGAACUGUGGAAGGCCGUUGGUGGGCCGCUGCUGGUUGGCAUGUCGGAGGUGUCUGUAUAUGCUGGAGAGCUGUUGGAAGAUGAGGAUGCUGAGGUUGAGAGAGCGACCCGACUUAUGUUGGCUGAGGUGGAGACUGUGUCGGGCGAGAGCCUCUUGGACAAGCUUCACUCCUAGGAUCGACUCCAGUAGCAAUAAUAGCCACUGUUUACCAGGAUUAGUGACGCCAUCAUGGCUAAGCUAUAAACGUCAGUUUACGUUCCUCCGUUUACUACUACUACACGUACUUGAU